AUGGCUUCUGCAGUAUAUUUUUGCGACCAUAAUGGAAAACCACUCCUAUCAAGAAGAUAUAGAGAUGAUAUUCCACUUUCUGCAAUUGACAAAUUCCCUAUAUUACUCUCGGAUUUAGAGGAGCAAUCAAAUCUGAUUCCUCCAUGUUUGAACCACAAUGGUCUCGAGUAUUUAUUUAUACAGCAUAACGAUCUGUACGUGGUGGCAAUUGUGACUUCUCUUAGUGCCAAUGCGGCUGCCAUUUUUACCUUUUUGCACAAAUUAGUAGAAGUACUGAGUGACUACUUAAAAACCGUGGAAGAAGAAUCUAUUAGAGAUAAUUUUGUUAUAAUAUACGAAUUACUGGAUGAAGUAAUGGAUUAUGGUAUACCACAAAUCACCGAAACUAAGAUGCUGAAGCAGUACAUAACGCAAAAAUCCUUCAAAUUAGUUAAAUCCGCUAAGAAGAAGAGAAAUGCCACUAGACCACCCGUCGCACUGACAAAUUCAGUUAGUUGGAGGCCAGAAGGUAUUACUCACAAAAAAAACGAGGCCUUUCUGGAUAUCGUGGAAUCUAUUAAUAUGCUCAUGACUCAAAAAGGCCAAGUUUUGAGAUCAGAAAUUAUUGGCGAUGUUAAGGUUAACUCAAAAUUGUCUGGUAUGCCAGAUCUAAAAUUGGGUAUUAACGAUAAAGGCAUUUUUUCCAAAUAUUUGGAUGAUGAUACUAAUAUCCCACCUGCAAGCGCGACGACACCCGAUAAUAACACGGACACUGAUAAAAAACCAUCCAUAACGUCAUCAUCGACUACAAGCAAGAGGAAGGUCAAUAUUGAAUUGGAAGAUUUGAAAUUUCAUCAAUGCGUUCGAUUAAGCAAAUUCGAAAAUGAAAAAAUCAUAACGUUUAUACCACCUGAUGGAAAGUUCGAUUUAAUGAACUACAGGCUAUCUACCACGAUAAAACCGUUAAUUUGGUGUGAUGUAAACGUCCAGGUUCAUUCGAAUUCUAGGAUUGAAAUCCACUGCAAGGCCAAGGCCCAAAUUAAAAGAAAAUCUACUGCAACUAAUGUGGAGAUAUUGAUACCAGUUCCGGACGAUGCGGACACGCCAACUUUCAAAUAUUCACAUGGGUCCUUAAAGUAUGUUCCUGAAAAAAGUGCAAUUCUAUGGAAAAUAAGAAGUUUUCCAGGUGGUAAAGAGUACUCAAUGUCUGCAGAAUUAGGGCUGCCUUCAAUAUCAACUAACGAGGACGGCAAUAGAACAAUACCAAAAAAUAACGCAGAAAUCUUGAAGGGACCUGUCCAAAUCAAAUUUCAGAUACCUUACUUUACCACAUCGGGUAUUCAAGUACGUUAUUUAAAAAUCAAUGAACCCAAAUUGCAGUACAAGAGCUACCCAUGGGUAAGGUAUAUCACGCAAAGUGGUGAUGAUUACACAAUAAGGCUGACGUAA